CUAACUGGACAACGUUAAAUUCUACACCGUUACCUGCUGGUGGAAGCACAUGGAAUGGUAUAAAUAAUGAUGAAAAUUAAACUAUUGAGUCGAAAUCCAGAUGAUCAUCUUCGAGAAACAAAAGAUGAUAUACGCAAAGUUGCCAGAAAUUUUGAUCCAAAAUUCCAUCCUUUUGAAGCAUCACGCGAAUAUGUUCGUGCUUUGAAUGCUACUAAACUGGAACGAACUUUUGCCAAGCCUUUCAUCGGUUGUCUCGAAGGACAUAAAGAUGGUCUCAGUGUUUUGAAGAAACAUCCAACAUCGUUAUCUACUUUAUUGUCGGGAGCUCAUGAUGGAGAGGUAAAAGUAUGGAAUUUACCCACAAGAAAAUCUAUAUCAACAGUGCAGGCCCAUACUGGAGUUGUUAACAGCAUUUGCUUUCAUCCUAAAGGGAAAUAUUUUUUCACUUGUGGAAGAGACAAGACAAUCAAGCAGUGGAAUGUAGAUGAAGAAUUUCACAUUGAAGAAGACCCUACCAAUGUUAUUCUAGGACAAACUCUCUUUCAUGCCAUUGAUCAUCAUUGGAAAGACGAUAUCUUUGCUACUUGUGGAGAACAGGUUGACAUCUGGGAUGAAUCACGGGCAGAGCCUAUCCGUUCAUACAGCUGGGGCGUUGAUAGUGUCCAGUCAUUAAAAUUCAACCCAGUUGAGCAUCACCUUCUUGGAGCAACAGCUUGUGAUAGAUCGAUUAUACUCUAUGAUAUGAGAGGGACAGCCCCACUGAGAAAGGUUUUGCUUCAACUAAAAUCAAAUGCCUUAGCCUGGAACCCCAUGGAACCUUUUGUUUUUACAGUUGCUAAUGAAGAUUACAAUUUGUACAGUUUUGACAUGAGGAAUCUAUCUAAACCAACCAACAUCCAUAUAGACCAUGUAAAUGCUGUAAUUGAUGUUGACUACUGCCCAACUGGACGUGAGUUUGUCUCAGCUGGAUGGGACAAAUGUAUUCGAAUUUUUGCCUGCAACAUGGGUCACAGUAGAGAAGUCUACUUUACUAAAAGAAUGCAGAGGGUACAGCAGGUUCAAUGGUCUUUGGAUAAUAAAUACAUCCUCUCUGGCUCAGAUGAGAUGAAUAUAAGAAUUUGGAAAGCACAAGCAUCAGAGAAACUUGGUCCAUUGAAACCAAGAGAAAAAGCUGCCUUUAAUUAUAAUGAGAAGCUAAAGGAGAAGUUUGGUCAUCAUCCAGAAAUAAAGAGAAUAUCUCGACAUCGACAUGUACCAAAAUUCAUCUACAGGGCUCGUAAAGAAAUUAAAACUAUGAAGGAAUCUGAGAAACGAAAGGAGAAACAUAGGAUGAUUCAUUCCAAACCAGAAAAAGAAAAAUCAACCAGAGAAAAAGUAGUUUUGAAUGUAAAGGAGUGAAUGUAGAGGUGGGUGUAAGAAGAAUGAAUGUAUAGGUGGGUGAAAAGGAGUGAAUGUAUAAGCUGAUGAAAAGAAUGAAAGUAUAGGCUGAUGCAAGAGUGUGUGUGUGUGUGUGUGUGUGUGUGUGGUAUGGAUGUAAACAUGUGUAACUCAUUCAGUUAUUAAUAAACAUACACCUGUUUUUCUGUUACUCAUA